AUGCCUUCAGAAAACCUUGAAAGAAAUCAAGCAACGGCCAGUUUGCAACUUGCGAUAGAUCAACUUGUUGAGGAUGGUGUUCCAGACAGAGCUAUAAAUGAAUUAAAAGGAGGACUUGCUCGUAUCAUUAAUAAUUGUGAAAAAUUCGGCAAGGAAAUACUAACUAAGAAGAAACUACUAUUUAAAAGACCCGUGAAAUCUGUUGUUAUUACAUCAACCGACAAAACAAAGCGUCUGAUCGCAUUGGAUUCUGAGCGCUAUGAUAACAUGGUCAGUAAAUUUACUAUAGACACAGGUAACUAUAAGCCCCUGAAAAGACUAAAUUUACCCAGGACAGAACAGAUAAAUUUUAACAAGGUUCUAAAUAAAGUCGCGAACAAAUAUAAAUCUAGUGGCCCGAAGAUGUAUAAUAAUAUAAGGGCUAACAUCUGGAGUGAACCCAUGCCGUGUCCAGUAUAUUGCUUACCUAAAGACCAUAAAGAGGGGGAUUUGAAGGGACGACCGAUACAUGCUGCUACAGACACACAAUUGUCCAAAUAUUUAGCCAAACAGUUAAACAUGCUGUUAUGUUACGUACCUGCCCACCUAAGGAAUACCACAGAUUUCAUUGAAUUCAUUAGUAAUCUAGAUUACAGUUCUAUUCAUGGGUUUCUCAGUUUGGAUGUUUGUAACCUGUACGGGUCGAUACCCCUGGAUGAUCUCAAUGAGAACACACCUACUGUAUUUACGGUUACUAAACGCUUCUUUCAUGAACAUAAAAAAAAUUGUGAGCUGCGCACCUUGGAAGAUGAUGACUUUGAGACAUUAGUUCGUUUAUGUUUAACGAGUGAUAACCUAUUGAUUGGCGAUGAAAGUUAUAAACAAAAAUCAGGCCUGGCUAUGGGUAAUAACCUGGCACCAUCUCUGGCAAUAAUAUAUAUGAAUGAACUUGAUUCGUUAAUUGUCAGUCAAGCCGAAGGCCAUAUUCUCCUCAAACGAUAUAUUGACGACUAUUUUGUAGUCUUGUUACCUGGAACUCUGCUACAGAAUCUAGCUUUCUGGUAA